CCUAUGCAUGCACUUGAUCUAUGGGAGCCCGUGACUAUGCAUCUGGGCUGGGGGCAGAUCCAAUGGUAUUUGUGUAGCCAGGUGUGUGUGGGGGUCUAUAUGGGCCUAUGUGCAUUGUGGGUAUAUUGUUGCAUUAUAUGUCUGUGUGUGUACAUCUGAAUCUGGGUGUCUGGGUCAGACUGUGCGGUUGUAUUGUAUAAUUGUGCAUGUCAGACCCUGUGUGUUUGGGAAUCUGCGUGGCCUGAGCUUGCUUGGGGUCUAGAUGUGUGGCUGGCAUAUACCAGGGCCGCCCCCCCCCAUUCCCCGGUGGGCAGAGCUAGUGACCAAAACCUCCUCACUGGGGAGGAGAGGCCAGGCUGGGAUACUAGCUUUGCCCUCCCAGCCCAGUAAGGGAGCUGGGGACUGUGGGAGGCUGGGUUCCAGCUGCCUGGCUCCACUAAACUUCAGUGGGUGACAGGAUGACAGGGUCAAGACAGGGGAGGGAGGCCUGGGUGUAGGCUUUGAGGAUGAGUGGGCCAGACAGAGAGCCUGGCACCUGCUGGAGACAAGCCCCUUGGUCUGUCUGAAUCCAGGAUGGCAGUGUCAGGUGAGGGGCCCUGAACACUGCUCACACACAACUUUGCCACCAGUAUCUCCCCUCCCAGCUCAAUCAGCCACAGAGCCAUGGAUAUAGACAUGAACACAUACACAGAUCCCAGAUACAAGCACACACACACACCAACACAACACACACAUCCAUGGACACAAUGCAUAAUCGCUCUCUCUCGCUCUCGCUCUCUCUCUCUCUCACACACACACACACACACACACAUUGCAGAGAGGAGCACACACACUCAGACAUGUACCCCUGUGUACCACAGACACCUAUUCACACCACAUACGCAUGUCAUAGACAUAGAUACCCAUCAACACACACACACACAUUCACACACAGACACGCAGAGCCACAAUCAUACACACAUACAUGAGGACACACACACAUACAGAAAGAGCGAGCCCUUCCACACUUAUCCCCUCCUUAUAUUAACCCCUCACCCAUCUCAUUCACAGGACCCCACCAGUGAAUGGGUCCCUGGGGCUCUGGCCUCCUCUGGCCUCCUGGCCAUACUGUGCUCUCUGCGCAUGUCCCCAUGUCCAGCCUGUGGAGAUGCCGGGAGGACAGACUGGCCGGAAGGCCUAAGGAGGGUAAACCUCAGUUGACCCAUCCAUGAGUGGGGUCAUCUCCACCCCCUGCAGUCAGUCUCCCCAUCGUGCUGAAUGAGACCGGUUUGCUGGUACCCCACAUCCAGGGCUUCUUUUGCAAUGACACCACCAUCCAAUACCCCCGAGUGACCCAUUACAUCAUCGAAGACUCGGCACUCAUAAAGAUGGGCUUCUUCAUCUCCAUCUUCACGAUCAGCCUGGAAGAGUUGAUUCGUGUCAAGCUCUUGCAGCUGAGCUCGUCAGCCUUCAUGAGCGGCACUUACACGGCCAUGAUCUACAAGCAGCUGGGCACCUUCAUUUUUGGCGGCCUGGCCAGCUGCUCCCCGACCAGCAUUGCCAAGAUGACCACAGGUCACCUGCGGCCCCACUUCCUGGCCACGUGCCUGCCCGACCCAGCCUCCUUUGACCUCGAGAGCGGCUACGUCACCAACUACACCUGCACAGGGCACCCCAAAGACGUCCUCCAUGUCAGGCGAGUGGGCAGUCAAGGAGGGGAACCCAGGAGGCAUCCCCACCCCACCCCAGCCCCAGCUGAUGUCCACCCUGCCCCUGCCCGUCCCCCAGGAAAUCCUUCUAUUCUGUGGACGCCUCCAUCGGCAUGUACUCCAUGGUGUAUUUGGUGGUGAGUGUUGGCCCGAGGUGGGCUGCACACCCGGCAAGGCCAGAAAAUACUCCAUUGUCCCCCCGCCCGCCCCCACCCCAUGCUUGGUGCCUGCAGUGCCAGACACAGCUUCCAUAGAGCUUGUGUGUUCCCCCAGAGUCAGGAGGGCGAGAACGGGGAGGGCCCAUCUUCUCUUAAGACUCAUUCAGCAUCCCUGUCCCAGAACAGCAACUUCCAGAACCCUCUGUCUCCCCCUCCCUGCAGCUGGAGAGGGCCCAUGCCAGGCUGGGUCCAUGCCCAGGGCUGGGCUCCACCAAGGGCAGGGGGAAGGGAAAUCAGACCCAGCUGAGGUGUAGCUCUAAGUUUUGGGUAAUAAAGUGGCAGGAGG